AAUCCUUAAUAACUGUACAACUCUUAAGUACCAUUUUUGAAUCAUCGCAUAGCAGCAUAUUUUUAUGGAACCAAUUCUUCAACGUUUUCGGAAUGUAUUCAUUCCAUUCGUGUUCAUCCACUUAAUUUGGCGCGUAAAGACAAUGAACUGCUGCUAAUUUGAUGAGCAACUAGUUUCAUUUCUCAUCAUUGUCUUGAGCUGAUCAAACAGCUGUUUUAAAAUUUACGUAUUCUAUGUGGAAAUUUUUGUGUGGAAAGUAACUGACUGCCGAUUUUAUCAGAGUUUCGCAAUAAUUUCGUUCGAAUUGUGAGACUGGUUAGGUGAACGACAAAAUGGCUGAAUGUAAAAAUUUUAAAAUUGCCAGAGAAUUUCUCGUCAAGCACGACUGGCCGAUGAAACUCUGUGAUCCCCGUUUUGAUAAGUGCUAUUGCAAAAAGUGCUAUCCGUCUGAAUAUCGGGACACUUACGAUGUGGGUGGUAGAGUUUACGUCGUUCCUCGAGAUUAUACCCGAUUCGGAGUGAAAAUUGAUGAGGCCUAUGCAGAUCAUUUGAAUGUUUGGAAAGAUUGGACGAAUUGUUUCCACGGAACGAGCAUUCAUUCCGCCAAAUCGAUAAUCGAACAUCGGAUGCUUUUGUUACCAGGAGAAGAAACAAUGGAUGGCAAGCAAAUUAAAAUCCGAGACGGCCAUAUUCCAGGAGAAGUUUCUUUUUUCACGACACCAACGGUAAAAUAUGCAAGUUUGCCAGUGUAUGCGAGUCGUUACGAGUUCAUUUCGCCCAGUACUAAAAGCUGUUACAACAUAACGGUAGUUCUUCAAUGCAAACAGAAACCCGAUUCAUUUGUCGUUCAACCCGAAACGGUCGGGUCAGGCACUAAGAAAAUUUGUUCGUUCAUCAAAAACACCGAAAUGGAAUGGAGAACGAAACAACGGGCUUCGAUUAUUCCUUAUGGUAUGUUGUUGCAUGUUGAGGCCGUUGGCAGCCGCUUGGAUGGAAUCAGUCGCCGGUGUCCUAGUUUGACUACUAAAACAUUCAGACUACCAAAAAAUUGUGAAUUGGAUUGGGUCCAAGUUGAAUGCCCGCAUUGUUACCAUAUGCAGGAUUGGAUAAACCCUCAAUACAACCAAGGAAAAACCAUGACAUGUGAAUCAAGAUGCUGUAACGUAAAGUUUAAGCCGUACAGAUGUCCACACUGCGUCCACGCGUACACCGUUUGUGGUUGCUUCAAGCGAUUCAGCGAAGAGGUCGUCUUUCCGUGCGACAAUCCGAAAUGCGGUUUUGAACUGAUGACCACCAAGUGCCCACAUUGCAAAGAUGGUCACAAUUUCAGUAAAGUUCCCGACGAAGCAAAUCAAGUAGUUACGGUCACUUGCGUGAACAAAAUGUGCAAGAAGAAAACCUACAUAGUCAGUGAGUGCCCUCAUUGCUGUGAAUUGAAAAACAUCAAAACCGUUGUGGGCAAAGAAGGCGUUGUGGUCACGUGUUCCGAUCCCGCUUGCUCGAAGAAGUAUCAAUUGGUGGCGUGUCCGAAGUGUACGAAAGUGAGCGCUUUUCCGAAUGCUUAUUCCAAAGUCGGUCGUGACGAUACGGUGAUAUGUUCGUACCGGAAUUGCAGUGCGAAAUUCCGUCAACCGUUACAGCCACGAGUGAAGGGGGAUCAACCGGAAGAAAAAUUAAUGAAAAGUCCCGGUGUAAGAGUAAUAGCUGCGUCCAGAAAAAGAACCAAGGUAACAGGAGCGAAACCAGCGAAAACUCAAUUAAAGUACUAGAUGUCUACC